GUUUUGCUACUUGCUGAUAAGAGGAAAAAUUUGUAAACAACUAAAAAGUUAAGUACGCACGUAAAAGAUAUGAUGAGUGGCACAAUUCAUGGAUUAAGUUGGUUUCCACAAUUUCCAGAUAAAUUUGUUACAUGGGGACAAGAAAUAAAACUAUAUGAGCGCACACAACACGAUGAUAAUCGGCGAAGUGCUUUGCCAAAUAUUGCUGCCAAUUUUCUGGCCACGGAAACACGUUACCAAUAUGCGCGUUGUGUGCAGCCUUCCUAUCAUAAAAGUCGGCCAAUUAUCGCCGUUGGUUUGGGUGAUGGGAAAGUUGGCAUAUGUGACUUUCAUGAAACAGUUGAUAAUAGCUGGGAGUUUACACCACGACAACAGCGUAUGUGCCUGUGUCUAGCCUGGAAUGAAUUUGAUCCGAAUGUACUGGCUAUAGGUCAUGAUCGUCAUCGUUCAGACUCGUGCAUUGCUAUUUGGGACAUCGAACGUGGUGUGCCCAAAGAUGCAGUUAGCUUCUUUGGACAUUCGGAAUCUGCACAGUCAAUGUGUUGGGACAAAAAUCGGCGAGUGCUAAUUGCCGGUGUGAGCCAAAAGCAGAUCAAACUGUUUGAUUUAAAACAGGGCAACACCACCUGCCAGUCCAUACAAACGAAAAUGGUGCAUGGACUUGCUGUAGCGCCAAAUGGCAAUUAUCUUUGCUCAUAUUUAGAUUCUGUUAUUAUGUUAUGGGAUUUACGUUUGCUAGAUCAUCCUUUGAAAACCAUACAAUCGGGUAAAAAUCAUUUACAACUCAGUUGGUGCCCAACAAGAACAAGCUUACUUACAUCACUCCAACGUGAAUCACCUUUCAUUACACUCUACGAUAUACGCAGCGUUGAUGCAGAGAGCAGUCGUGAAGUAUAUCAUGUCAAACGGCAAUUGCAGCCUUUCCAAGCCAAAUACUACAAUACAAAUAAGCCACCAACACUCACGUCGCUCUCCUGGCAUAAUAACGAUUACGAGCGUGCAUUAUUGCUCUCGGAACAAGGCAAUAUUUUGGAAAUACGCUUACCACUCUCUCUACUCACCACCUACAGCAAUCAUAAGAAAUUGCCUUUACUACCACAACGUCCAUUGACAAUUGCCAAUUCGCCUACGCGUCAAAAUAGCAGUCAAAGUAAUUCUUCCACCAGUAUAACCUGCUCAUCAACACUCAAUUCGGCCUUAAACUUUGAAAUACUCGACCACAGUUUAACAAAAGAGGACUUGGUUGAGGAGACCUAUCAGCGUGCAUUAAGCGAUUAUGGCUUGAAAACAGAUUUGCAUGUUGAUAGUUUGCCAUUGACGCCCUAUUUGAAAAGUGUGUGGUUGACAUUGGGUAAUCUGUAUAGAGAGGAACGCUUGACGGGUCUUAAAAGUGUGUUGGGCAUAAAUUUGGGACACACAUCGGAGGCAUUGAUGGCAUCUUCACGUAUUGAAUCGCGUGUGUUGCAAUGGCCGGACUUUAUCAACUCGAAUAAUUUGGUAUGCUAUAGAAGCGAACAACGUGAUGUAGCCUUGAAACUCUGCGGUUGGGGGAAUGAAUCAGACUUGGAGCGCUUUGUAAAUGGGCUCUGCGAUAACAAGGAGUUCAGUCGCGCCGCUAUGAUUUGUGUUUUCCAUUUAAAAAUCGUUUUCGCUUGUGAUAUGCUUUCGAAAGCUGCUGAUCUCUCGCGUAAUUCCAAAGAUCCACACGAUGCUAGCAUGUUUCGCAUAGCUGCCAUCGCCUUAUCCAGCUUUAAUGCUGAUCGUUGUAACUCAACUUGGCGAAAUCAACGCUCGAAUGCCAAUAAGCAAAUACAAGAUGCGCAUUUGCGUGCGAUUUUCUCAUUUCUCACCACAGAGAAUGAUAAUUUCGAUGCUGUGUUGACUGAGGAGGGCAUUUCGCUGGCCGAUCGCGUUGCUUUUGCUUGUAAAUAUCUCUCGGAGAGCAAAUUGUCGGAUUAUGUCAAGCAGUUGAUACAGAAAUCUAUAGAAAAUGGCGACUUAAAUGGUCUGUUACUCACGGGCGAAUCAUUGGAUGGCAUAAAUAUACUGCAAGCCUACUUGGACUUAACUUCUGAUGUGCAAACUGUUGCGCUGAUUGCCAUCAACUAUUUCCAUCGUGAGCAUUUCACCGAUAAUCGUAUACAAUAUUGGAUAAGCAGUUAUUUAGACGACUUAAACUCAUGGGGCUUAUGGGAGAAACGCGCUGAAUUGGACAUUAAAAUUGAAAACUUACGCACAGGCACACGCACUACACGCAGUGUUUUUCUCUCUUGCAACUUUUGUGGCAAAUCUGUAUCCAAUGCAUUGCAGGAGGAUGUGCGCAUGCGCAGUGCAACAACUAAUAUCAAUAAACUUUCCUCGUGCCCCAGCUGCCGCAAACCACUACCACGUUGCUCGCUAUGCUUACUACACAUGGGCACCACACUCAAUAUUUCACUACCCAGCGAUGCGACGCAUGAAAGCCUUGGCUGGCAAUCGAAACCAUUUUCAAAGUGGUUUUCUUGGUGUCAAACAUGUCGACAUGGCGGCCACACGGAGCAUAUGAUGCAGUGGUUCAAACAAAACUCUGAGUGUCCAGUUAGUUCCUGCUCGUGUCGUUGCUUUGACAUGGACGGCACUUUGCCGAAUGAUAUAGCCGACUAUUCGUAGCUUUGGAAAUAAUUUUAUUGCGAAAAAAAUUUAAUUAGUUUUAAGUUUGUUUAUGUAAAAAUAAAAAUUAAAUAAU